AUGGGCAACGCCGGAAGCAGCGGCCGCCCCAACCUGCCACCGCCGCGGCCUCAUCUACAUGGGGUGCCCCCGCCGUACUACCACCAGUACCCGCCAUGGCGCCCGGGCGCCGCCGCGCCGCCGCCGGUGCCGUUCCCCACGCACGUGGAGCGGCACAGGGCCGUUGCGGUGAGCGCCGGCGUCAACGUCAAGGGGCAUACCCUGCGGCUGGAGCGCGACGACGACGGCAGCGGCCACCUGCUCGCCUUCUCCUUCGACGCCGACGCCCCCGGAAGCAUAACAGUUUACUUCUUUGCACAAGAAGGUGAUGACUGUGUCCUGAAGGGUACAAAGGAAAAUUUGCUCAAACCUGUCACAGUGACUUUUAAGGAAGGUCAUGGUCAGGAGUUCAGGCAACCAAGUGGAACUGGAAUCAAGCUCUCAGUGUUUGAGGAAUCUGACCUAACUAAGGUUGGGGAGGAUCGUGUAUUUCCUCUCGCAUUCAAAGUGGAAGUGGGUGUGCCAAGCAACCAAGAAUUAGAAAGGGAACAUGAUGCUGAAGACUCGAAGGCUUUGGUUAAAUUUGCUGUGUUUGUUAAGAAAGACAGUGCUGAAUAUGGGGUCAACAUUGUGCAGCAGAUACUGUGGGUAAAUGGAACUAGAUAUGUCUUGCAGGAGAUAUACGGUAUUGGGGACAGGAACACAGCUGACAGGAAUGUUAAUGAGGAUGAUUCUGGAAAAGAAUGUGUGGUUUGUCUAACAGAACCAAGAGAUACAACUGUUCUUCCAUGCAGGCAUAUGUGCCUAUGCAGGGAGUGUGCUCAGACAUUAAGGUUCCAGACCAACAAAUGCCCCAUGUGCAGGCAGCCUGUUGAGAGCCUUCUUGAGAUUAAGGUUGAUAGCACACCCAGGCAUCAUGAAGGAGGAGAUCAGUAG